UAAAGAUUCAUCCUAAGUAACUGAAAUGCUUUCCUUGGGAGGAUUUAUUUGAAUCAGUCUUUCACAUACAAAGGAUAUUGUAGGAGAAAACUCCCCACAUGUUGUCAAAAGCAUCCUGAUUUUUGCUGGCAGGAAUAUGAACAUCUGUUGUAAGGAAAGAAAAAGUUUCAUGCAAAUUACACAGUCAAAGAAGAGUAGGGAUGUUCAAGUUGAGAAACCAGUGACAUUUCUUGUAACUGUACUAUGAGUCAGCACAUUUUUAAUCUUCCUGAUAAUAUAUGGUAGUGUAGUGAGGUGAGAAGGAGCAGUGUUCAUUUGAUGUACGCAUUAUUUUAUUUUCGUGUGUGUGCGCGUAUGACUUCAUGGCACAGUCGUUUCUGUUUUUAAAUGAGGAUACAGUAAACUGUAGUCCAUGGAAGGCUGACUGGAAUCCCACGCCCCGUAGCUUUAGAAAGCAGUCUCCGCCCAGCAAAGAGUGCAGAACGAUGGAACCCCAUGUUCCUGGAAGUUUGCACAUCAGAGUAAACAAACUUGAAAACCCCUCUUGAUAGCAGAAUUCACCCAGGCUUGUUCCAUUUUCUCUUAACAAAACACACCGCAAAAGCUCUCACAAGCUGCUUUGAUGAAGCCACAUGUAUUUCCCCCUUCACAAUUUACAGGAAGUUACUCUUAAAAGAAAGUGAUUCUGGUGUUUACUGCCCGUGUUAAAGGGACAGAGUUCCUUUUUGUUUCUGAUAACGUGUGAGUGAACUACAGACGCGAUUUAUAGACUAUCAUAGUCGGUAUGUGACUAGGAACAAAGCCAUACCCUGCUGUCCAGUUAGAGCCAAAUUUCUGCUACGAACAGUGCCCUACUACUUGAAGACUACAAGUUGCAGAUAACCAGAUCUACUCCAGAGGGGAGCUUCUCCACUUCAUCGAUGGCUUUAAUGAGGAAAAAAGCAACUGGAUGCGCUAUGUGAAUCCAGCGCACUCUGCCCGGGAGCAGAACCUGGCUGCAUGUCAGAACGGGAUGAACAUCUACUUCUACACCAUUAAGCCCAUCCCUGCCAACCAGGAGCUUCUUGUGUGGUAUUGUCGGGACUUUGCAGAGAGGCUUCACUACCCUUAUCCCGGAGAGCUAACAAUGAUGAAUCUCACACAAACCCAGAGCCAUCCAAAGCAGCCCAGCACUGAGAAAAAUGAACUGUGCCCCAAGAGCGUUCCAAAGAGAGAGUACAGCGUGAAAGAAAUCCUGAAAUUGGACUCCAACCCCUCCAAGGGAAAGGACUGCUACCGUUCCAACAUUUCACCCUUCGCUUCAGAAAAGGAGGCGGACGACUUCCGAAAAAACGGGAGCCCCGAAAUGCCCUUCUACCCUCGGGUUGUCUACCCCAUCCGGGCCCCUCUGCCGGAGGACUUUUUGAAAGCCUAUGGGAUGGAGAGGCCGACCUACAUCACUCACUCUCCCAUUCCGUCCUCCGCGACCCCGAGCCCCUCGGCGAGAAGCAGCCCCGACCAAAGCCUCAAAAGCUGCAGCCCGCACAGCAGCCCGGGGAACACGGUGUCGCCCCUGGCGCCCUGCCCUCCAGACCACCGAGACUCGUACGCCUACUUGAACGCCCCUUACGGCCCCGAAGGCUUGGGCUCCUACCCGGGGUACGCACCGGCCCCGCACCUGCCCCCGGCCUUCAUCCCCUCCUACAACGCCCACUACCCCAAGUUCCUUCUGCCCCCCUACGGCGUGAAUUGCAACGGCCUGGGCACCGUGGGCAACAUGGGCGGCGUGGGCAACCUGAGCCUCUUCCCCAGGCUGUACCCCGUCUACGGCAGCCUCCUGGGCGGUGGCGGCCUGCCGCACCCCCUGCUCAGCCCGGCCUCCCUGCCCAGCUCGCUGCCCUCGGACGGGGCCCGCAGGCCGCUGCAGCCCGACCACGCGCGCGAGGUGCUCGUCCCGGCGCCGCACAGUGCCUUCUCCCUCCCCGGGGCGGCCGCCAGCAUGAAGGACAGGGCGAGCAGCCCCACCAGCGGGUCACCCACAGCCGGCACGGCCGCCUCGGCGGAGCACGUGGUGCAGCCCAAAGCUACCUCAGCGGCGCUGGCGGCCCCCGGCAGUGACGAAGCCAUGAAUCUCAUUAAAAACAAAAGAAACAUGACAGGCUACAAGACCCUGCCCUACCCCCUAAAGAAGCAGAACGGCAAGAUAAAGUAUGAGUGCAACGUUUGCGCCAAGACCUUUGGCCAACUCUCAAACCUGAAGGUUCACCUCAGAGUGCACAGCGGAGAACGGCCUUUCAAAUGCCAGACUUGCAACAAGGGCUUUACGCAGCUUGCCCACCUGCAGAAACACUACCUGGUACACACGGGAGAGAAGCCACAUGAAUGCCAGGUUUGCCACAAGCGAUUUAGCAGCACCAGCAAUCUCAAGACCCACCUGCGACUCCACUCUGGAGAGAAACCUUACCAGUGCAAGGUGUGCCCUGCCAAGUUCACCCAGUUUGUGCACCUGAAACUCCACAAGCGCCUACACACCCGGGAGCGGCCCCACAAGUGUGCCCAUUGCCACAAGAGCUACAUCCAUCUCUGCAGCCUCAAGGUCCACCUGAAGGGGAACUGUCCUGUGGCCCCAGCCACGGGGAUGCCUUUGGAGGAUCUGACCCGGAUCAACGAAGAAAUCGAGAAGUUUGACAUCAGCGACAACGCCGACCGGCUCGAGGACAUGGAAGACAACAUCGAUGUGACCUCUGUGGUGGAGAAAGAAAUUCUGGCUGUGGUCAGAAAAGAGAAAGAAGAAACUGGCCUGAAAGUGUCUUUGCAAAGAAACAUGGGGAAUGGACUCCUCUCAGGGUGUAGCCUUUAUGAGUCAUCAGACCCAUCCCUCAUGAAGUUGGCUCACAGCAACCCACUACCUCUGGGGCCUGUAAAGGUCAAACAGGAAACAGUUGAACCAAUGGAUCCUUAAGAUUUUCAGAAAACAAAAAGUGUUUUGUUUUGUUUCUUAACUUAUGACUUGGCAAGUCAGGGUGCCUGUAACAAAUGCUUGUACAUAAUUCCAGUUCUGCGAAGCUCUCCUGACGGCAGAUGGUUUCCCCUCACCUGUCUGGAAUUAAAGAAGGAACUCCAAAGUUACUGAAAUCUCAGGGCAUAAAUGAGACAAAGACAAUAUAUAUAUACAUAUUAUAUAUACUUAUUUACACCCCCAUCUAUAUAUUUGAACCUGUGUAUUUUGAAUAUUUGUGUGGAUAUGUUUGCAUAGCCUUCCCAUUGCUAAGACUAUUGCCUAGCCAUAAUUAUUUUUUCAAUGAUAAUCCUUCAUAAUUUAUUAUACAAUUUAUUAUUCAAAAAGCAAUAAUUAAAAAAGUUUACAAUGAC